AUGAAUGCAAAGAGAAUUCAAAUGGAGUUCAAGAGUUUAAACGAGAAGUCUCCAGGAAGGGCUACUGCAGAAUUUGUUGAAGAUAAUAUAAAUAAUUGGAAUAUUUCAUUUCCAGGUCCAGCAGGUACACCGUAUGAAGGUUUCCGGAUCAAACUUCAUUUAACACUGCCAGCUAAAUAUCCACACCAAGCCCCAGAUGUUAGAUUUUCACCACCAAUUUUCCAUCCAAACGUUGAUGAAAAUGGAGAUAUCUGCUGGGGAGAAGAUCAUUAUAAGGCUAGUAUGCAUAUAUUAGACAUAGUACAAAUCAUUAUUGAUAUGUUGAAGAAUCCAAACAUUGAAAAAGUCCGUGAUAUGGAAGCUGGGAAACUUUAUGCAGAGAAUAGACCUCAAUUUGAUAAAAUCGUCAAACAAAAGCUUGCUUCAACACAUUCCAAAUUAUAA